AUGAGUCAACCAGCUCUACACGACGUGUGGUACAGCUCCGACUUGCUUGACUGCUCUACCAAUGCUGCCCACCAAGCGUUUGAGGAGGCGGCCAUACUAUUCGGCUCCGAGUACAGCCAAGACAAGAGCAAGAUCCACGAGGUCCAGAGUGCUCGAUCCAUUCUAGAACUGCAGGAAGCAGCCGAGAAAGCGCAAGCACGGUAUGAAAGGAAAAUAGAAUCGUCCAAAACCAGGAAAUGGCUUGCUCGAGCCGCAAGUCGGGUGAAAUUCUACGGCCAAAUCAUGGAUGUCAUGGCACAGUACCAUCCAGAGUAUGUUGCUCUGGCAUGGGGAGCCAUGAAGUUUCUCUUCACCACUAUUGACGUCCACGAGUCUACAAUUCGAGAAACGGCCAAAGGCAUAUCCCAAAUAGCCGUGAAAUUGCCCCAGAUCGCACUGGCGGGCGAAUUGUACCGCAACAACCUGCUCAUGGUCGAUAAUAUUACAAAACUCUAUGCUUGUGUGAUGAAGUUUCUAAUCAGAGCCAGGCGAUGGUAUGGUGAGAGCCGCAUUCUUCACGCCUGGCAUUCAGUUACACGCCCACCUGAGAUCCGGUAUAAAGAUCUCCUCGAGGACAUCGAGUCCUAUGCAAGCGCCGUGAACCAGCUUGCAGUAUCCAGCUCUCAGGCGGAGCAACGCGACAUGCAUAUCAAGAUGGAUCGCUUGGAAAAGUCUAUUCAAAUUGCCGAGUCCAAGAACCAGAAGGCCCUGGGAGAGCAUUACGCGUUGCUGCGCAAGCUUCAGCAGAAUCUCUCAGGUAAGGUAGACCCCCAACAUGUCUGCUUAAAACACCCACUUAUCAGGUGCAUAGAUAGCCACGAGUUUAACGUUGACGCGGUCUUCAAUGCACGCCUUUACUUCCGGGACAUGCAAGCUGGCCAGCUCAUGGGACUCCUCGAACAGAAUAGCAAAAUUGACCACGUACAAGCGUUAGAGCAGGUGUCGCUGGCGCGACACUUCUCAUCGAAACAGCUCACGGCAGAGAAUACCCCAUUCUGGCUCGAGGCCAAGUUCAGACGAUGGCAGAAUGCGUCAUCCUCGGCGUCGAUCGUGGUCAAAGGAAGCCACAAGGCUCGACUCGCGCUGCAACGGUUUAGUUCGGAAGCCAUCGAGCUGCUCCGGAAUGCUGGAAUCCCCGUGAUAUGGGCACUGCCUGCGCCAUCCCCACGCACCUCCGGUGGUGUUGUUGGACUCCGCGACAUCCUCAAGAACCUACUCCUGCAGAUCCUGAAGCUUCGCUUACAGGAAGGAAAGCCAAUCCCACCGAUGCUAAAUUCAUCACAAGUCGGAGCGGCGUCGACCGAAGACGAUUGGAUCAACUUGAUCGCCGCCGCACUGGACGGCAUCCCUAGUCUGUUUGCCAUCUUCGAUCUCGCAACACUCAAGACUGUAUGCCAGGCCGGCCACCCUCCGUGUCGCGUGUUCGAUCACUUUGGGGACUUGAUACGCAUCCUCGCCUCUCGGAGGUGCCACAAUGUAAUCAAGACCAUCUUCCUGGGCUAUGGCGCCGAGACUCUCUACCUGGCGCCUUCAUCGAGCUUGCAGAGGGUCGUGAUCGACCUCAAACGCAUGCAGUCUUCCGCGGCACCAAUCAAGCCUCGAGACAGAACACGAAUCCUGGGUGACAGUCGCUCACGCCAAAACCGUUCUUCCAGCACGAGAUAG